AAGACUCUCAACGGUGACGUGUUUCCAUUUAUUCUUCGUGAAAUCGCCGCUCUUCCCUCUCUCUCUCUUUGAAACUUCCAUUUUCUCUCUCCUUCUCUCUUACUCUUUCUCUGUCUCACUGUUGCUUUCUACACAGCUAGGGUUUCGUUUCCUUUACUCCCAAAUCAAGAGGCAGAGAGCUUCACCGCGACAAGUGAAGAAAGCAAUCUCGUCAUGGUGAAAUUUUUAUGGGGUUGGAUGAUUUAAUGCUGGUUAGAUUGGAUGAGUAUGUUUAUCAUCUUCAUGUGGCCAUGAUGACAGGGAUGAUAGUUAUGACCUUGGCUAAUUUCGUCUAAGUUUGAUGAUCUGAUUUUUGAAAGAAUCACCUUGUUGUAAUUCCUGUAAAGAAAUGCGGUUUUAAUAUGCAUUUUAUACAGAUGAGUUUAAGGUCUAAUUAUUAGUUUGAAUCUUGUACAAUGGCUAUUGCUGGUCUACACAAUGUUUCUGUGCUUGAGCCUUCUAUCCUUCGAGACUCUCAGUCUCACGCAUCUAGACGGAUAGGUAAUGAAGGGAGGGUAAACACCCGCCCGUCCUCCCUACUACAAAUGUGGCGAGAGCUUGAGGAUGAGCAUGUGGUGAGUCGUGCCCAAGAGAGAAUCAGUGAAAGGCUGCUUCAACAAAGAAGUGAUAGGUUGAUAGAUGACAUCUCAAGAGCAGAUGCUGCUGAAGGCCACGGUAGUGAACACACAGGUGAUUUAGAGGAUGAGAGUGUGGCGGAGAGUGAGUGCAGAUUAUGGUCUCAAGGUCAAAUUGGGUCAUCCAAUGAACAUGAGAACUGUAGCAAUUUUAGCAGUGAGCAUUCUGAUUUUGGGGAGGUUGAAAGGGGGAGGGUGAGGCAAGUUUUCAGGGAAUGGAUGAAUUGUGGUGUGGCUGAAUGUACUUCAAGUGUUUCUAAUAUGAGUAACAGUUCAAGGGCAGAAUGGCUUGGUGAAACUGAACAGGAGAGGGUCAGAAUUGUAAGGGAGUGGGUGCAAAUUAACAGCCAGCAGAGAGGUGCUUCUGGUGACAAUAAUGGAGAACAGCCUGCUGAAAUUGGUAAUCAAAUUGAACGAGUUCGUGAUGGAUUGGUUGUUAACCAAACUGAAGGCCGGUCUGAGCUCACGCGAAGGGGCAUUCGCAAGUUAUGCGGUAGACAGGCUGUGCUGGAUAUGUUAAAGAAGGCUGAGAGGGAAAGGCAAAGAGAACUUCAAGAAUUGUUGGAGCACCAGGCCGUAUCACAUUUUGCUCACCGCAAUCGCAUUCAGUCAUUGCUCAGAGGAAGAUUCUUACGAAAUGUUAGAGUGAUUGAGAAUGAGAGACCGACUUCCAUGGCUGAAAAUGAACUAGGCUUAUUGAGGCAAAGACACACAGUCUCUGGUCUAAGGGAAGGUUUUUGCUCCAGAUUGGAUAAUACUGCAUGUGGUCAAGUAAGCAGCAGCCAUUCUGAGACAUCUUCAAGUGUGUCUUGUGGUAGUAGAAAUGGACAUGCUGAAGAAGACAAUUUACAUGAGGUACAUAGUUUUUUCGAACAAUCUGACGCUAAUGAAGAGGCAAGUGAUCACAGAGGACAUGAUAGAUGUGGAAUGUCAAAUGGUAGGGGUGAUUUAGGUGGCAACACCAUUCUGGAUAUAGAUUCACAAGAAUCUAAUGUUCCUGCGGAAGGUUGGCAGGAAGAAGUUCCAGAUAAUGUUGUAAGAGACGGGCAUUGCUCAACCAUUUUUGACUUUGUCGAAAGGAGUGAGGGUACUUGUAGUAAUAUGAUUGGGAACUUACAGGCAACCGCUGCUGUUGAGCAGCCCCUAGAAACUUCGCAAAAUGAUGCUGGUGAACACAGUAACAUGAGAGAAGUCAUUGAUGUAUCUAAUGAAUCUGAGCCAAGUAGGGAGGAAAGUGUAAUCUGUGAACAAUCUGGUGAUACAUAUAAUUUACAAGGCAACAUGGUUGGGGAUGUAAAUUUUCAAUGGGAUGUAAAUUUUCAAGAAUUUACUUCUCAGGUACAACAAUGGCAGGAUCGAGUUUCAGAAAAUGAGGAAGGAGACUGGGAAGAGCCUGUUGCUGAGUUUAAUGAUUUGAGAGAAAAUGUUGGUCGAAUUACAGUUGGAGAUCAGCAGGAAACUGCUGGUUAUGAAUGGUCCCAAGAGUUGUUGGAGGGCGAGGAUAGAGAAAACAGUCAUCUUGAAGAAGUUAGUGAAGUGUGGCACGAGGAAAGUGGUUUUCAGGAGGCUGUUCACAAUUGGUUAGAAGAGCCAUCUGACCAGGAUGCUGAUCCAGUCAGACAGAUCGAUACCUUUUAUUUUCCUGAUGACGAUAAUGCUCAUAGUACAGAGAUAAGGGAACUCCUAAGCAGGAGAAGGGUUUCUAAUCUUCUUAGUAGUGGUUUCCGACAAAAUCUAGAUCGACUUAUACAAUCAUAUGUGGAAAGACAAGGCCAUGCUACCAUUGACUGGGAGCUAGAUGAUACAUCACCUUCUCCUGAAUCUGCAGAACAGGACCUAGAGCAAACUGGUGGAUAUCAAAAUGAGGGUCAAGUGGAUUCUGUUGAGAGUCCUAGUCCUAGUACUGUGCUGCCAUCACAGCAAAUACCUCCCUCACCACUUUGGGACCAGGAGUCACACCCUGAUAAUUGGCCACAGCAUGACAUGCAUCAACGUUUUGGAAUUGACUGGGAGAUAAUUAACGAUAUGAGGAUUGACAUGGGUAGGCUACAACAGAGGAUGAAUAACUUGCAAAGGAUGUUAGAAGCCUGCAUGGAUAUGCAACUCGAGUUGCAGCGCUCAAUAAGACAAGAAGUUUCUGAUGCCCUGAAUAGAUCAUCUGGUUCACAAGGGUUGUGUGAAGAUGGUCUUCUAGAAGAUGGCUCUAAAUGGGAUCAUGUAAGGAAAGGAAUUUGCUGUAUAUGUUGUGAUAGAAGUAUUGAUUCUUUACUGUACAGAUGUGGGCACAUGUGUGCAUGUUCAAAAUGUGCUACCGAAUUGGUUGAGAGUAGCGGAAAGUGUCCGAUGUGUAGAGCACCCGCAGUUGAGGUGAUCCGUGCUUAUUCUGUACUGUAACUUGAACACUAAGUUACUAAGUUAAAGUUAACAUUUAUAUAUAGGCAUCAUAGGGUUUUGCUCCAAUCUCUUUUUCUGUCUGUUUUUUGUUGCUGCUUAG